AUGGCGGCGCCAGAGCCCAAGCACGAGACAGAAACCCCAGCACCCUCCGGCGAGCAGCCGCCGGAGCCAGUAGCCGAAGCCGCCGCCGGCCGGGAGCUGCAGCCAUGGGAGCAGCACGCUGCGGUCAUCAAUCUCCCGCGCUACGACUACCGCGCUUCGGGUUCCCUCCUCCUCCGCUCGCACUCCGGCUUCCUCAUCACCUGCCCCAUCAAACGAGAGAAAAGUGCAACCAAGGAAGCCAUUUCAAUUCUUGGAGAGUAUAUUAGCGAUGCAAGCAGCCAUAGUUCUGAAAACUUGGAAUCAUGUGUUAUGGAAGUGGCAUCAAAGAAAAGAAAAAUAUUCUCCGAGGCAUCCAAAAUUGAACAUUCAGAAGAUGCAGUAACAAAUGGGAAGGGUGAUGCGCCAGAACCCACUGGCAGCAUUGAGGUAGAAACAAAUUCACUUCACUCCGAUACAAGUGGAAAUCCUGACAGGACUUCAAAUCUCUCAUUGAUUAAGCUAUCAAUGAGUGGUUUGCUUUUCUUCUCUUUCCCUACUGGAGGCGUUCAUGUUGUUCAGAUGCUUACCGAAGUUUUUCGUUCACUGAAAUCUGGGAAGCUUAAAUCUCCACAGUGGUGUCAUCGCAUAUUCCCUAUUCAGGAAACUUGUGUUCUGUCAGAAACCGAACUACAUGCCACUGUGUCAAAGUUGUUCCUGGACUUCUUCAGCAAUAAGAAAGAUCAAGAUGAGCCUAUCAAGUUCGCAGUUGGGUACAGUAGGAGAGGCAUUGAUGAAACGGUGAAUAAGACGCAGAAGAAUGACAAUAACAGCUCAAUUCAACAAGGUUUAAUGGAUAGGCAACAAUGUUUCAAGGUUGUUGCUGCUGCUGUCAAGUCAGUUGCUAAGGACGCAAUUGUGGAUCUCAAGUCUCCUGAGGUGGCAGUACUAGUGGAGGUGCUCCCCAUUUCUGGGGUGCCUGUUGGAUCUUCAGUCGCCGGGGUGUCUGUUCUCCCAGCUGAACUCGUCUCGGCUAAACCCCGUCUUUGUGUCAAGGCUUUGGUGUCUGAUACAAAAACAAAGAACAAGUGA